AGAAGGAAGAAGAAAAUCGGGAAAUAAUAAAAAGAAGAAUGCUCCUCUAACCAGUGUAACUUUCCUAAAAGAAGUUCUGAUUGAUCUGAACCUCACAUUUGAAAACAGUAAAAACAAAUUUUAUCAAUUAGAUAAUUAGUAUGGAAUAUGAAGCUAACAGCCUAUUACUUGAACCACCAUGUAAUGAAAUCGUUAACGAUAUUGAGGAUCUGAUUUCUUCACAAGAUAUCACCCCUAAAGAGAGAUAUAGCAGUAGAAAAAGUGUGAAACUUGUAGCAAAGCGAAAAAAUUUGACUAAUAUGAUGGUUCCACCAGCUGCAGUUGGUGAAAAUAUUCCAGGAGUACAAAAGAUUCAUAUUAAAACAUGGGGUUGUGCUCACAACAAUUCAGAUUCUGAGUAUAUGGCUGGACAACUAGCUGCAUAUGGAUAUCAACUGACUGACAAUAAAUCAGAAGCAGAUUUAAUUCUACUGAAUAGUUGCACUGUCAAAAAUCCAGCAGAGGAUCAUUUCAGAAAUGAAAUAGAAUCAGCACGUCAACAAAGCAAACACAUUGUUUUAGCAGGAUGUGUUACCCAGGGAGCUCCAAAAUCAUCGUUUGUUCAAGGACUUAGUAUUAUUGGAGUACAACAGAUCGACAGGGUAGUGGAAGUGGUUGAAGAAACACUGAAGGGGAACACUGUCAAGUUAUUGGGAACAAAGAAAAUAAAUGGAAAGAAAAUAGGAGGUGCUUCUUUACUGUUGCCAAAAGUUCGAAGAAAUCCGCUAAUAGAGAUUAUUGCUAUCAAUACAGGAUGCCUGAAUCAGUGUACUUAUUGUAAGACGAAACAUGCGAGGGGAGAUUUGGGAAGUUAUCCUCCUGAAGAAAUAGUCGCUAGAGCUAAACAGGCUUUUGAGGAAGGUGUGGUUGAGAUAUGGUUAACAUCGGAGGAUACAGGUGCUUAUGGUCGAGAUAUUGGUACUUCACUUCCAGAGCUCCUAUGGCAGUUGGUAGAAGUGAUACCAAAAGGUUGCCGUCUGAGACUUGGUAUGACGAAUCCUCCCUAUAUUCUGGAACAUUUAGAAGAAAUUGCAAAAAUAAUGGGCAACCCCAGGGUCUACAGUUUUCUUCAUGUUCCUGUUCAGUCAGGAAGUGAUCAGGUUCUCGCUGAUAUGAAGAGAGAAUAUUGCAGGAGUGAAUUCGAACAUGUAGUGGAUUUUUUACAAGAAAGGGUACCUGGUAUGACGAUAGCCACAGAUAUAAUAUGCGGAUUUCCCACAGAAACAGAGAAAGAUUUUGAGGAAACACUCAGUUUAUGCAAGAAGUACAAGUUCCCUAGCUUAUUCAUCAACCAAUUUUUUCCAAGACCCGGCACACCUGCUGCAUUAAUGCCCAAAGUUCCUACACAAGAAGUGAAGAAGAGAACUAAAAUGCUUACUGAACUUUUCCAUUCUUACCAACCUUAUGACCAUAAAUUAGGUGAUGUACAUGAGGUGCUCGCUACUGAAAUAUCUCAUGAUAAGAAGCACUAUGUAGCUCAUAAUGAGUAUUAUCAACAAGUUUUGAUUCCCAUGAGAGAAGAAUAUAUGGGUAAACUGAUAAAAGUGAAAAUUAUCAGCGCUACAAAGUUUUGCAUGAUUGGAGAACCAUUGGAUGAAAUUAGAAUGCCUGGAUUGAACCACUUCCUUGAAAAAGGAAAAGUUUCUGGUAACAAUCAACUGAGAGAAGAUAAGUUCGAUAAGAAAGUUAUUUUUGGGCUGGGGCUGUUGUUUAUAUCUGUUGUUCUUAGGAUAUUUUGGAUGUUCGGAUAGUGAAAUAUUUAUUUCAUUCAAUGAAUUUGAAUUGAAAUGCAUUGCUCCUAGCAAAAAAUACGGUCACAUACAAUAUACAAAUAAGUAAAUCCAAGCAAUAGUGAUUGAAAUCAUCUUCUCCAUAUAAGUUAGAAAUAUUGUGCACAAAUCCAUCCAGUUUUUCUUUUUUUCUUCAAUGAGUGCCCAUUCAUGUUACCAUGCUAUACACCUAUGCCGGUGAAUACAUUUCACCCAACCUAAAGGGUUUAACGCUCUGGUAUUCCAAUAAUUUCAAGAUGUAUGGCGUUGGGUUUCGUUGGUUUAACGUUACAGCUUUACUAUAUUUCGUUUUCAAACCUAUUGUACCAGCCAGCUGUGUUACGCUACUUCGCUGCAGUUUUACGAGUUUGACGAGGCGAUAGUCGACCAGAAAAUCUGGGACAAUGCCUAUUUCAGUAACUCUCAUAAUAUAUCUAGAUUUUUACUCUCGUAAAGCAGUAUAUUUUACGAGCAUGAAGUUUAGUAAAAUAUUCCUCCAUUGUUGAGACUUGAAACAUUACUCUUGUAUAUGUAUUAUUCGCUAAUCAAAAUAAUAUAUGGAAUACCGACACUUACUACGUGUUUUUGUGAAAGAAUGGGUCAAUCUCUGAAUGCAAAAUUCAUCAACCGAGAUAAUUAUAAUAAUAAUGAUAACAAUAAUAAUAAUGAUAAUAAUAAUAAUAAUAAUAAUAAUAAUGUGUCUUUAUUUUCCAUUCAUGAACAUAAUGCAUAAGAGUAUUAUAAGGAGGAGGCGGCAUUCAACAAGGUUGCUCUUCCAUACAAUUCCCUAAGUUUCCACCAAGUUGAAAGACUAUUCUCAAUUACUUCAAAAAGAAUGAAUAACCUAUUAUUGAAAUAUACUAUACGUACACAUAGGGCACUAAUUAAAUAUAAGAGCUAAAUAAAUCAAUCAAUAAUGAUAUCAAAAAGGAAAGAAAUAUGUGUUUUCAUAUUCAACAUAUAUAAGCUAAUUUAUUCUAAUGAAGCAAGACACAAAAACAAGAAAUGAUAAUACUUGGCCGUUUGCUGACAGAGUUUACAGGUCAGCCUCAAUAUGUAUCUGCUUCUUGGUGUCGCCUUGUUUGAUAAAGAUUCUUCCUGACGAUGCCCAUGUGUUUCUGGUACCAAACUUGUGCUCCGCUUUAGGAAGAAAUUUGUACUGUGACUUGCACAGGUCUUCAUAUAUUGAAAUCGUUGCGUCCUUCAGUUUAGGAUUUGUGAUGGAUUUAUUAUAAGGAUUAUUAGUACAGUUUAAAAACCUAUUUGUAUAGUUGUCUAUCCCAUUUGAAGAUAAGAUUUAUUUAAGAGGUAAUUUACAGCGAAUGUGUUUCCUAUGGAAAAAGUAGCACAAUCAACACACGAUAGAAUUACAUUUUGAAAUAUAUUUGUUACGUUAUGCUUCAGCAUGACAGAGACAUGUAAUCGUUUUCUAAAAU